AGAGAGAGGGUUUGCGCUAAAGGGGGCUGUCGAAGAAUCAAGUCAAUAGACGCGAAGCUAGAGCAGGCUAGAGACGAGAGAGGAGCCACCGCGGGUUGAAUGCUGGCCGGUGACGUCACUGCCCCACACAUUGAGCCAGCAGCGGAGUUGUGGGCAGCAGCAGCAGCAGAGAGAGAGAGAGAGACAGAGGCGCGCCGUAGUAAAGUGCACACUGUCAUGAAGUUCUCCCUCUGACUCCAUCGGUGUGUUGCUGUCGGGAGAGGACGGAUUUUCGACCCCCCAAAUCCCGGAUCACGUCCCGGUUUUCACUUUUUCAGCGGAGGACCCCCCCAUUUGGAACAGACUCGAGCGUGAACCCUGGGAACACAAUUUUUUCGGGUGUUUUUUUUUGGGUGGCGGUAAGCAAUGUCGUCCGCGGCGGUCGCUGCUUCUCGGAGGCAGUCGUGUUAUUUAUGUGACCUGCCGCGCAUGCCGUGGGCCAUGAUCUGGGAUUUUACCGAGCCCGUGUGCAGGGGAUGUGUCAACUACGAGGGCGCGGACCGGAUCGAGUUUGUGAUUGAGACCGCCCGACAGCUAAAGAGGGCUCACGGAUUUCAGGAGGGCAGAUCUCCCGGGCCGGGGAAGUCCCAGCUCUCUGGGAAAGAGAUUCAGGCUAUCAACCAUUCGGCUGGAGACCCCGGCUCGCGGCCGCCCCCCCAGCCCCUGGAUCGCUACCCCCUCUCCUCCGACCGGCCGCCCAGGCUGGGUCCCGAGUAUCAGUCUGGGAGGCAAGUGAACGGCCUCCCUGCCCCGAACGGAUUUCCUAAACCAGAUGACCCGCCAGAACUGAACCGCCAGAGCCCAAAUCCUCGCAGGAAUAGCACGGUGCCCCCGAACCUAGUGUCUUUGGGCAACGGGGGGAACAUGCCCCCAGGGGUGCACGCUAUCAACGGUAGACCCGGACAGAUGGGGCUCCCGUCGGCGUUGUCGUCCGGCAGCCCGAACGACCUGGGCAGCAAGAGACCCGCCUCGGUGUCGAGCACUGAGCACGAACGGGAGGUGAAGGAUAAGCACAGACAGGCGGACAGCCUCACGCCGGAGAUCUCCGAGAGCCACAAAAACAGGGCCGAGCAGGACUGGAUUGGCAAGGGCAAAACGGUGAGGGACCUGAUGGCUCUGCACACGUUCGACAGCCGCUUCAAGAAGGACCAUGCGGCCAUGCAACAAAGGGUGAUGGGCUACGAGGCGAGCGCCACGGCGUCAAAAUCAGACAGAGGAAAACACCCCCGCAGCAUGAAGAGAAAAGCCUCCCCCGAGCCAGAGGGCGAGGGGACCGCGGCCAAGCUCAACGGCGAGGCGCAGCAGUGGUUACCGCCUCCCUCAGACGGCCACAAGAUGCCCCCGGUGCCCCCACCCAGCUUCACCUCUCCCCCCUCCACCAUAUCGCCCCACCCCCGCACCACCCCACCCGAGGCGGCCCAGAACGGCCAGUCUCCCAUGGCAGCGCUCAUCCUGGCAGCCGACAACGCGGGCGGCAACAGCUCCCCCAAGGACGUGAACCAGGUGCACUCGACCACCCGCCGGAACAGCAGCAGCCCCCUGUCGCCCUCCUCCAUGAGCCAGCGGAGGCUCAACCAGCGGGAGGGCUCCGGCGGCGGGACGCCCCACGUGCCGGGCAUGGACCAGGUGCACCCCCAGAGCAUUCCGGACUCGUCUGUGCCGGGGAGUAUACCCCUGUGCUGCACCCUGUGCCACGAACGUCUGGAGGACACACACUUUGUCCAGUGCCCGUCCGUGCCCUCGCACAAGUUCUGCUUCCCGUGCUCCCGGGAGAGCAUCAAGCAACAGGGGGCCACGGGCGAGGUGUACUGCCCCAGCGGGGAGAAGUGUCCCCUGGUGGGCUCGAACGUACCCUGGGCCUUCAUGCAGGGGGAGAUUGCCACCAUCCUCGCGGGAGACGUCAAAGUAAAAAAGGAGAGGGACCCUUGAUUUUGUUGCGAACACUUUUUGGGUGGGAGGGGGGGUAGGGGGGAGGGAGGGAGGGGUGGGGGAAUCAGAAAUAUGAGUAUAAAUAUAUAAAUAUCACAUACAUACCAUUCAAAACAAACAAACUAACGGACUUGUACAUAUUGGACCCAAGGGAAGAGUAUACUUCGUAAACAUGGUUGUAUAAUUUUUGAUUUUUGAAUACAUUGUGUUUCUAUAUUUUUGAAGAUAAAGGUAUGUACUCAUUAUAAUGGACUACGUUCCUAUUCGUUGAUGUUUAACACAAUUCUUGAUGUACUUUUAGGUCUGGUGGCAGUUCCUGUUUAACGUAGAAUGUGACUAAUGCUACUCUACGAGCACUUGGCAAAACUGAAAUGCUUUUAGUUGUACUUGUAUGCACUUGUUUAAAAAUUGCCAAAUACAAUUUCUGAUCUUGUAUGAA